AGGCACCCGCCGCGGCCCCGAAGCGCGUGCUGUGGCCUCUGUGCGCACGGCGCGGCCGCAACCCUCCCCGCGGCCCCCAUGGUAGCUGGCCGGGGGCCCCCGGGUGCCUCUGGUUGGAGAGGGCUGGGGGCCCUCGCCAUCAUCACCCCGCGCUGCCGCCACCCACCGCUGCCCUUUCCUUUUCUCCCCUCCCAGGUGCUCUCGAGCCGGGGCGAGGGGAUGAGGUGCCCCCGUGCCGCGUGGUGUGCCGAAGCGGCUCUUUAGAUCCUCCCCGGCCCAAGCCUCCCCUGCCAUGGAUGCCUCGGGGGCUCUUGCUUCGGCUCCCUCCUCCGCGGCUCCCUCGGGCUCCCGCAGCCCCAUGUUCCCCCCAGGAGCUGACAGAGAGGAGUGGGGACCGAGGUUCAAUUGUGCCCCUUCCACCUCUGCCGCAGCCUCGCAGGCGAUGCCAGCGUCUGGCCGGAAGAGGAAGGCCAACUUCUCCAAUGACGAGACUGAGACGCUGGUCUGGAAUGUGGUCCGGCAUUUCAGCGCCCUGUAUGGGUCUGAAGCCCUGCGGGCUCACCCCGUGCGGCGGAAGCAGCUCUGGACCCAAAUCCAAAGCCGCGUCAACUUCCUGGGCUACACCGAACGCUCCAUCGACGACCUCAAGCACAAGUGGCGCGACCUGCGGCUGGACGUCAAGAAGAAGAUCACCUCCAAGAAGCACCUGCCCAUGAACCGCGCAGGCGGGCCGCUCCACAAGCCACGCCUCACGCCCCUGGAGAAGAUGGUGGCUUCCACCUUCUUGCAGGCCAGCCACGACUCGGAGCCCGAAAUCAUCUUGGACCCAGAUCUGUUCUUCCCCGGCGCCACCAAGCAAUCCUUCAUACACCUGCAACCCGGCGUCAGCCACCCCAGUAUCUACAUCGACACCAACGGGCAGCCCUCAUCCCUGCCAGACGUGGAGGGCUCAGCUGUGCCCCGCCUGGCCGUGCAGAGCCCCGACCCCUCUGUCAUCUGCGAGUACAGCCGGGGGGAAGGACAGAGCAGCUCGGCCGAGUCAGGACCGGAGCUGCGGACUCCAGACGUGUCGGCCAUUUCCCCAUCCCUGCGAAACGAGUCACUCGUCUCCUACGCCUCCAUGUCAGAGGAAGAGGAACGGGAAGGCCGGGAGGGGGAGAGGGCCCACGGCGGGGCUGCAGGGGUGCAGCCUGGGCCCGAGGCCCCCAUGUCUGCGGAGGAAGACAUGAAACUGUCCCGCCAGGCCAUGCUGAUCCGCCGCUGCAGCUCCCAGGGCUCUGUCACCUCCCUGCCUGAGGACCCUCUCAACCCCGUGGACGCUCACUCGGACUGGGGCCACGAGGGAGUGUCCGACUUGCCCCCUCUGGGCCGCGGGCUCGAAUCCUCGCACCCCGAGGAGCAAGCAGGGGGCCCGGGCCCGGAGAUGGGCACUUUGCCCAGGGUACUGAUGGGGCCCACCUGGGAGAAGCCGACGGCAGAGGAGGAGCCCCCGGCCCGCUCCCCGCUGCAUGGCGCCCUGACCGAGGAAUCGCUGCCUUCCUCCGCGUCCCCCCCAGGCGAUGCUCCCGCCGCCCCCGGCCCGCCUCGGGGCCUGGGCUGCUCCCGUCUGCGGGACGAUCGCCGGGAGAGCUGGAGGACUAACAUCCACCACCUGCUGGACCUGGAGGAGCAGUGGGACCAGCUGUACCACCAGGAGCUGGCCAUGUGGCAAGAGGAACGGGCCACCCAACGCGAGGAGAGGGCCCGUGACCGCGAGCUCCAGUUCCGCCUCUUGGGCGUCCUCACGGACAUCCGCGAUGAGCUGCGGUACCUG